GCAGGGGCCUGUUUUCUUAAAAGUUGCAGUAUGCAACGUAUUUAAAAUCUCUUUUGCAUACGACACUUGCUUAUAGACGAAGAAAGCCAACGUAUUAUUGGUUAGCAGUACUGAGAGGAUAAGAACAGUUAUAAGAAAAGACUUUACGCAGGUGUUGCAAGAUCGCCCACGCGUACAGCUCGUAAAAUACAUACGUAAAUUUACCGAACGCGGACUCACCCAUCAACGUAGCGUCAAAGGUUUGGCAAGCAAAUGGCAAGAUUAAUUUCGAGCGUAUUUCCAGUACUAAUGAACGAAAGUAUUGUGUCUAAAUUGCACUCCGAAGGUAUCCUCACCGUUUACGAUUUUAUGCUGCAGAAAUGCGACGCACUAAUGAGAAAAACUGGCUUGACCUUCAAGGAAAUAGAAGAAAUACGUGAAUAUUUUUCCACGCAAUUCGGAUGGGAAAUAACAUAUCCUGGUGAUCUCUUUGAGCGAGAAUCCAAGCAGAAGAUACUAACCGGAAUAAAAAAUCUGGAUGCUCUGCUGGAAGGUGGAUUGGGUUGCGGUACAAUUUACGAAAUUUGCGGGUCUUCCUCAGCCGGGAAAUCGCAACUGUGUCACUGGCUGUCGAUGCACGCGACUUCCAACGGCUCCGCGGUGGUGCACUACAUCGAUGCCAGCAGAAACUUCUGCGCCUCGCGAAUUCAAAUGAUGCUAGAGUCCAGACAUUGCGAUGAUGGAAUGAUUGGAUACGUUAUGAGUAAUAUCAAAGUUUAUCAGAUUUGCAAAAUCUACGAACUUUUCAACAUACUUUAUAGCCUGUCGAAGUCGCCGGAUAAAGAACAAAGUAAAUCAUCCAAAAGGUUGAUUAUCGUCGAUUCACUGUCAGUAUUGUGCGCAAUUGUUUCAAAUAGAGACUUGAAUCCACUUUUAUGCAACGUCGCCGUCAUGUGCAGAGACAUCAUUAAUCACUCUCAGGUUGUGGUUUUGAUUGUCAAUACUGUGAGGUCUCAGCAAGCAGGAUUGUUUUUAUCUAAGGAGACUGAAAACAACUUUGUACUUCAAAUUAAACCAUCACUAGGAAACUAUUGGUUGAAUGUGCCAAAUGUUAGAUUGUUAAUGACUCAAAAGGAGAACGGACGAAGAAAGAUCGCCGUAUGGAAUAGUCAAGAGUUAGUAGAUGAAAAAAGUUGCAUAGUACAAAUCAAAGAUGAAGGUGUUUUUCAAAUCUGACAAUCUGCUUGUCUACCAAUUAGACAUAUUACUUUGGAGGCGUAGUUUUAUGCCCCCUCCCCUCAGAAAAAAGGAUGAGAAAGUAUCCUUUUAAGAUUUUGUUGGGCAUUUUGAUGUUGAUUCUCGAUACGACCAUGGACCCGUUUUUUUCUUUUCAUCAAUCGUCAUUGUUAUAGUUUACCUUUCCCGGGUAACAUUACAACAGAGCACGCUGUGAGAACAUGAUGUCGUUGUAAAAAUACACUUUUAAUUAAGUCU